AUGAAUAAAAAUUCGCCGUCUAAUCUGCCGUAUGACAUUCUACGCCAAAUAUUCGAAUAUCUCGGCCGAGCGGACCUCUAUGCCCUCUCAUUAGUCUGCACGACUUUUCUGCACCCAGCAUCAGCAGUUUUGUACCAAAUUAUUCUCCCUCCGUCAUCUACGACUCAGUUUAUUCGUCUCUUUUGGACGCUUUCCAAAGCGCCGCUCGUGACGCGGAGCGUACACACACUUCACCUGGCAGCCCGAGGUCUACGAGUUGUUCAGUUAGCAUCUACGAAUAACCUCGACACAUUACUCAAAGCUCAACCAUCCUCCACCUUCUCAUCAACGGACGUCGUCACACCCAAUGGCGCAUCUGACCGUCAUCAAGGAGUUAGGAAUCCCCAGGAAGAAGAUGGCUUCGGCAGCUUGGAACGGGUUUUUGACGAAGCGCAAUUCAGCAAUAUGCUGCCCCUCGUCGUUGUCGAGCGAGCCUUUUACAACCUCUCUUCCCUUCAAGAGCUCGUUAUCCACCCACACAUUCCGUUUCUCUUCUGGUCUUUCACGCGUCAAAUGCCCAGUUUGCGGCAUGUCCGCAUCCUCGGACGAGCAGACUCGACGCUGCUGCUAUUUUGGCUCGCAAAGCAAACCAACUUGGUGUCAUUACAUUACGAACCAUCUGACCACUACGUGACACAAUGGUUCCCGAGCGGUGGGCCAGAGUCUGAGGGGCAUUUCGUUUCAAAUCUCAAAACGUUGAGGACAAACGUCCGUGGAGCGAUUUUGCUCGCUCCUCAAAGGCCAAUCGUCAAUCUUCGCCUUGAAUUUGGUGAUGUCGUCGAGCCUCAAACUCCUGGUCUCUCCAUGAGCUUCGGGGAGUCUCUGAGAAAGACACGGGUACCUAUCAAUUCCUUUACCCUUGGAGAUUGCUGCACGACCCACUAUGCGCCACUGUUGAUCAUGGUUUCGAGAUAUCUCUCUCAGAUCACUCAUCUCAGUCUUGCGGUAGAGUACGAAUAUCCGCUCGACCACCUUGUCCAGUCGACCCUGCCGUUGCUACCGCAUCUCCUCAUACUCGAGGUUCCGACCACCGAUCUCUUUCAUCUGAUGGAAGCCGUUCGAGGCAAGAGUAAUGAAAGUAACUCAGAGGUCUCCGAGCAGUGGAGGGAGGUUCAAUCCAACAAGGCUGUCAAGCCAUCGCAUAUUCCGGUGCACAAGCUAUUCAUGCUAUGGAUACCAUGCAUAUCAUCCCCGUACGCAACAUUUCACAUUGGCGGGUUCAUCAGGGAAGAAGUACCGCUCAACGUGGUCACGUCAACAAAGCAGACGGAAACGUCCACCCUGAUAAUUGAAGUCGAGGCCCCCAAGAGCCAGAAGCAGAUCGAAAAGUAA